UUUUUUUUUUUGAGAAUAUUUUUAAAUCUCAAUUAGUGUGUCAACAUAAAAUAACGUAAUCAAUUCAUAUAAUUAUAAAGACAUUAGAUAUUGGAGUUUCGAAAAUCGCAUAAAUUCAAUAGAAUACUUUAUUCAUAUUAUCAGCUCGUUAAAAUCUCAUUAAAUAAUUUCAUAGCAAUUCAAGAGCAAGAUUUGUGAAAUAUUGUUGUUUCACUCCGCUUCAAACUUUAAAUUGGAAAAGUCAUGUGUUUUUCAACUAUCAAGGGGACAAGUUUGUUUAUGCUUUUAAUUUACGUAUUUCCACGGCAUAUUCGAGCGAUCAAAUACACUUUUACGCGAAUGGACUGCGCAGUGCUCGAUAAAGAACUGCUGGAAUUUGAAGACUGCGGCGUGAACGAGAAUAAUGAGGCGCAUAUGCGCUUAAAAGUGCUCCGACCGCCACUGGAUAAUAUAUCAGUCCAGGUUGUGCUUAUGAGGUAUGCGAGUGGUGAGUACAAAAGUUUUUUCUUAAACACCGAAUAUGAUGUGUGCAAAUUUCUUAAGUCGCAUCGCAAUCCAUUGGUGCAAUACCUUUUUCAAUUUCUCAAACCUUACACCAGUCUAAACCACGGAUGUCCCUUUUCGGAGGUAAGUUUGUUGCUAGCAUUUCUAGUUUGAUUUGCAUUGAAAAUCCUUUCCUUGCUUUUCAGCCUUAUAUGUAUUUAAAGAACUUUCGUGUCAAUGAAACUAUGUUGCGUCCAAUGAAAAUUAUACUUGAUGGAAAUUACUCAUUCUUCAGCACUUGGAUGACACACAAAGUUAAGCGUAUGAAAAUUGACUU